AUGGAUGAUAAGAUUAAACGGUAUCUUAUAAUUUUAGGCACGAUCGUUAUGUUCGGUCUUGCCAGUUGGGUUAUAUGGCUCCUUAUAAAUAAUUAUCAAAUUGAUUACAAGACCUUGCAAGAACAAUUCGAUGAUCUAGUUGAAAAAGCUUCAGCCGACGCUGUGAGACAGUUUGGUGAAGAAAAGGGAGACAAAAUUUCAGCUGAAGAUGUGGCUGAUAUUGCAAGUGGACUACCUAACAUUGAAAUAGUUGAUAAAGAUAUAGAGAAUGCGACAACAGCGGUUGCAAAGUGUGUGAAAGAAAUGGACGACAAAAAAAAAAUUUCAGAAGUUGAUAAAGCUCAGGCCAAAAAUUUAGCUCAAAGUAAAGUAGCAGCGGAGAUUAAUAAUAAAGCAAAGGUAAUUGCUAAGAAAGUGAUGGUAGAUAUGAUUCAGAAAAAAGUGGGGGAAGAGUGCAAAAAAGCGGCGAAAUCUGCUACAGACGCUGAAAUCAAGCAAUUCUUUGAAAAACGAUCGAAUAAUGAAAAUACCGCCAAAACAGCAAUUAGCAAGCAUGCUAAGGAAGCAGCUCUUACUAAGGCUAAAGAAUUACUCCAGACACCGAAGUACGCUAUUGAUAAUGUGAAUUUUAAAUCUGAAGCCAAAAAAGCUCUUACAAAUACAAAAGGAACUAUUAAAAGAGAUGUUGUGUACGCUGCUAUCUUGGAAGUAGCAAAAGUAACGAAGUAA